AUGCCAAACCAUGUUCCAAAGGCGUUUCCUCCUCCCACUCUAUACCUCCGCUCAGUCCCAGAAAGACGACCACAUCAACCUGAAGCGCCCUACGCACUGUUGCUGGUGGGUGUCGGUACGACAGCGUGGGGUGCGAGAACCUCUCGUGCUCAAUCAGGUGGAAACCUGCCAGUCCACGUUUGUCGUCUCGACUUCUGUUAUCUGAUUCAACAAUUAUCAUUUAUGGCGCAUGCGGACCGCCGACCCGUGCCCAAUUACAGUCCAUUCGCAUCCUUUUAG